UCUCUCGGAUAGUUUUGUUGAAAUGGCAAAUAACAAGAAAGAAAGAAUUGGAAGACCUAUUCUUGCUUGCCUCAUAGCAGCAUUGGGGUCGGUGUGCUUCGGGUAUUGUUUAGGCUACUCAUCAGCGGCGCUUGUAGAUCUAAAGAGCGCCAAGGCAAAUUCUGCAAUACGCUUAUCCGAUUCACAAGGAUCCUGGUUUUCAGUGAGUAUUUUUUGUUGUUGGUGUUUUUCAACUCCGCACUUUUUUUUCUUCUUACAAUCCUAAGUAAGGGUAUAAUUUAUGGAAUACCAGUACAGCCUGAUGCAUAAUGUUAAUUUUCAAACACAAGAAAAACCCCAACCAGGGUACUCCAAUUUGUGAAAUACGCGAGAUGACAGUAACCUUGUUAAGGAAUGUGGGCUUAAAAUGCUCAAGAAAAACGCCAAUAUUUUCACCUGUACAGGUUGUCGUCUGGCGAUGUGCGAACGAGAAAAAGAAAACAUUUAAGAACCGGGGGUACCCCCUACAAUGGUCUGUACGGCCAAGGAGGAGGGGUACCUUCAUAUGAAAUGGUAGGGAAAUCUGUCAUUUCGCUAAGUCAAAAGUAGCAGAAGGGAUGGAUUUUAAGACUGUGAAAAAGCCGUGAAAAACGUUCUAGUUUUGUGAUUUAAGAAGUUAAAAGGGAUGCAAAGUUAGCGAAUGUGAAAGGGGAAUCAUUUUGUCAAAAGAAGGUACACGAAAGGGGUACCUUUUCGCACCAAGAUGGUAUAUAAAUGGGUAAGAGGUUGGACCUCGGGGCGGAGCAACCCCGUAAAAAACUAUGAUGUGUACUCACCGGGAUAAAAAUGAAAAAAAGGGUAAACAGAACAUAGACAACGUUUCUAUGGCAAUCAAUCUGUCUGUUUGUCUGUCGGGCGUAUCUUUCAGGGGUCAAAUAAGGCAUGAGAUAUGUUCAAAUUGGUUUCAUUUAGCGACGAGCAUCCCUCCCGUUUCAGAUGCGAUUCAUCCCCGCCUCCCCCGGUUCCAAAAAAAACUCAAUCUUUUUCUAACAUUGUCUCGACCAGCAAAUCCAUAAGCAAAAUCCACCAGCCCCUACCGACAAGGCAAAAUUUGUCUAGUUUCUCCUAGCAAGUAUUUAAUAUCGACGGUAGGGUUGCUGAGUCUUGCAUCACUAUGUUUUCAGUCUUUGAGCAGGUGAAAGUGAUGACCCUAGAAAUAACCUCUCUCCGUCCCACUGUACUCCGUCGGUUGCAGAAUUUGCCGCACAGCUUUCACAUGCUGGUCUGUCCUACGUCCAUGCACUACCUUACAUGAUUUUAUUAGCUUCAAAACAUCCCCUCAUUCUAGUAGAAAGAAAUUUUCGAAAACUAAACUCAGAUCUUUAUCUUUUUUAAUAAAAGGUACUGCGCCGUCGUUGAGCUAUAUCACAUGACGUUUCUCUAAUUCUUUUUUGCUUUAAAUCUAAAUUUUGCAAAAUCAUUCUGCAUUUAGCUACUAAGUCAUCUUAAACUACUUUACUUAUACGUUUUAAUUUCCCCUCAUGAAGGUCAUGUGAAAAUUUCGUCUUACUCAUGUGUUUAUGACAUGUUAUUUAUGGAAAGACAAAGGGCAAAUUCCUCAUAUGACAUAUAUUGUGAAAACAAAACAUACAAGCUUAAGAAGUCCAUCCCCUUCUGUAACACUUUACUCAGUGAAAUGAAAUUUCCCGAAAUGUAUCAUAGCUGCGAUAAAAACGAAAACAAUAUAUCUGUACUAGUCUUGCCAAGAUGCAUUCCAUUUUUAAGGCGUUCUGGAGUCAAAAUUAAAUGACAAUUUUUCAGUUCAAAUUCCGAAACAAGUCCUUUUUGUUUACUUUUACGUUCUGGUAUUAUAGCGUUAUUAGACAUGCUUAUUUGCAGCCUGUUGGCCAGGCGUUCAGACUUUGCGCUGCGCAUAGCGAACAAGCUGGCUUAUUUGCAAAGGAAAUGUAUUUUGAGAAAACUAACUAAAAAAAAAAGUACCUCGUCUUGGUCGAAAAUCAACCAGGUGUCUACCUAGUCUCCCUCGCAGCCGCUUUCGUCUCGUCACGUAACGCACCUCCCCAAAAAAGGAAGAGCGUUGCGUGACGAGACAAAAACGGCAGCCAGGGAGACUAGCGUUUAUCGCGUUAUCAAAGGAACGUUUUCUAUUCUAGGUGCUCUCAAUAGGAGGGUCCUCCAUGAAGAAAAUUUCUUUGCGAAAACUUUUUUUCGUCCAAAAAAAAAACAACAACAACAGGGGCGUAGCUGUACGCCAGUUCACACGUGCGUACCUGAAAUAAUUCCGAAAAUGAAAAAUAGUAAUCAUAAAUAGAAAAAGUAAAGCAAAAGAACAGAAGAUACAUCUACUUUUAACUAGCCAAACAAUCAACUGUCAUGUAGAACACCUACAUUUCCGUUUUGAGGUAUUUUCACUACAAACAACACUCCUCAAUUGUUAAUUGACGGUUUCAAUAGUGUCCGUUGUCCGUCUUGGAGAGGCGUCCGUCUUAUGGAGAGUAUAGUUACAGUAAAAUGAUUGAAAAACUACAGGGACAAACACCAGGUCUUCGUCUUUUUAAUAGAGGUGUCCGUUAAAAAUGUUUACCGUACAAAGGUUUAACAUUCACAUUCGUAUGAAGUUCACUUAGCGUCCAAACAAUAGGCACAGAGUGCCAACCUAACAACCUUGUUGCCAAUCUCAUUUUCUUUGUAGUCCCUGGUUACACUUGGUGCCAUAUUUGGAGGUCCUGUAGGGGGGUGGUCAAUUGACCAAUUUGGUCGCAAGGGGACAAUACUACUCUGCGCAGUCCCCUUUGAGCUUGGAUGGCUUCUUAUUGGCUUGGCAAAGAAUCGCGCUAUGUUGUACGCUGGUCGCAUUAUCACAGGCUUGGCGCUAGGAGUGAUCUCACUUGCUGUUCCGGUAAGAUACUAGGCAGCUUUAGCAUCGACGACGGCGACGGCAGCGAAGAAGUCACUUUUAAAAUGAAUUCGCGUUUUUUCAAACUGCAUCACGCUUAGCUUAUUCCAAUUCACUGAAAAUGUCAAAUGUAGGCGAAUUUCCGUGGAGUAGAUUUCUUAGGGACUACACUCAAGUUUUGAAAGAGAAAGAAAAAUUCGUUUUCGCUUGUUUACGUCCUCCAUAAAACGUGAAAUUAGGCAUUUUCAAGCCGUAGUCGUGCAGUGACGGCAGAGAAAUUUACAAAAAAGCGUGCUGCACGUGCAAAGUUGUUGUUUUGCUAAUCAAACCUAUUUCUUUUGUGGCGCUCUCGCUGCCGUCGCCGUCAUCGUUGCUAAAGCUCCUACUAAUCUGUACGAAGCGGGUAAUAACCUACGUUCGAUAAAUUAAAAUUCUAACAUGACUCCGAGGCUUUCUGGUCAUUUUUUCUAUAUUUGGUUUUGUUUUCUUUGUGCUCAAGCCUCUUCUGGGAAUUGCGACACAAUGGAGUCGUUAAAAGUUUACAAUUUUGUCCCUGAAGCCUUGGAGUCAUGAUAGAAUUUUAAUAUAUCGAACGUGGGCUAUUAAAAGAAGGGCUGAAAAAAAUUGUGAGAUGGGUGAGGGGCUGGCUUAGUCUUUAAAGAUCUUUAUUAGUGAUGGGCUUUUGCGAGGGUCUCAACAACCCCAAAAUGUAACCGCAUAUUUUUAACUCUAAAAAAAGUCCUAGAAUCACAUACCUUCGUACCUUCCCGGAAUUUAGAUUGCUAAACAGUCCGUACGUAUCAUAAAGACUUUUGUUCUUGGGCCAUCGUAGCUUAAUCAAAAAAUACGACACAAACAGAGGUGACAUGAAACAUUGGUCAAAGCCACUGGAUAUAACAUCAAGUGGGAUCGUUUUGACAUUUUAGCCUCGGGCAAAUCCGAUUCAAUGAAAAGCUGAUACAUUCUUAGCUGUUGCCUUAAAUAAUAUUACUGUUAACAAUUUUGAAUCCGAGUCUUAAUCUCAUUUCCAGACCCCUCGUCAAUAAUGUGUAAAUAGUCUCGUCAUAAUCUGUAACGGUCACUUUAGAUCACUUUUGAAAAUGUAUGCUAACCGGAAUAUUAAACGUCAGGUUCAUAUAAAAAUGCAGAAGUUAACAAUUGUUCACUGUGUUUUAUUUUUAUUCAACACUCCGUAUUUUUGCGUGGGUGAAAAACGCACAAAAGGUGUCGAGCGAGGGUGAAAACAGAGACAGAGUGAGACUGGCAAGAGAGUAAACCGACUGUUUCGCAGUCUACCAGUAAUUAUUUAAACUACGAAUCCUUUUGGGAGCAAAAAAUUAAAGAAUAACCAUACUAACUUCCUUCUUGAUUCGUAGGUGUAUAUUGCCGAGAUUUCGCCCCCACGACUUCGUGGGAUGCUGGGUUCUGUAAACCAAUUAGCAGUAACAAUGGGCAUUUUAUUGGCCACUGUUUUCGGUGUCUUUUGUAAUUGGAAGUGGCUUGCUCUCGCUGGUGGCCUGUUUCCAGCUCUGCUCGUGAUCUUUAUGGUUAAAAUGCCAGAGACUCCACGUUGGUGUUUUGGGAAGAACCAACGAACUGAAGCUGUAAGAUAUAUCCAUUGGCUACGAGGCUCUGACGUCGACAUCGAGGAGGAAUGCAAGGCCAUUGAGUCUAGUCUGGGUAAGAAUUAUACUUUUUGUCACUGAGCAACUGACUCAUUCCCAACCGUAUCUCGCUCUCCUAUUAAUCAGUGUUAACGAGAAAAGCGCGGUAACCUUUCCAUCGUCCAAUUCACCCAGUUGCCGUAUUAGUCUCCCGCGGCCACUCUGUGACCGAUUACAAAUAACAAGAGACGACUAAGGACGAGUCAGACUUUGCAAAUGGUUUCGUAGACUCCCACGCGUAGGUUUUUUAGCGCGUCACGUGUUGCGUUGAUCAUCAUCUGAUGAAAGGCCUAAAGAGCGUUUAGGCGGGAACCUAACGGUUUCCGCUCUUUCAUUUGCAGCCGGUGGAUCCAGAAAAUUCAGAAAGAGGGGACACUUGCUAUUGAAUAUGGAUACUAUUUAUUUCACUGGGAAUUUCUUAAAAGUAAUAGUGGAAAUAGGUGUAUCGCAGAACUUCGCGAAGUUCCGGGGGAAGGCCCAUAAAAUCUCAGGGAUGGAUGGGGAAGAGAAUUGGAGUAACGUACCCUUUCGAUCCCACCCUUAAAAGAAAAAGCUAAAAAAAGGAAAAAAAAUACCUAAAUUUGUUUCCUCUUAUUUGCAGAAUCUUACGAGAAACCUUCAAUUCGUGAAUGGUUAUCGCCUAAUUUAGCAAAGCCCCUAAUCAUCAGCAUUGGAUUAAUGUUCUUCCAACAGUUCUGUGGAAUCAACGCAGUUCUUUUCAAUGCUGCAAGUAUCUUUGCGGUGGCAGGUUUUAAAGACGGUAAACUCGUUAGUAUUUCAGUUGGCUUGGUCCAGUUCGUCGGCACCGCUUUAGCGUGCUUGAUCAUGGACAGGGCGGGAAGGCGAAUCCUUUUAUUAGUAAUGGCAGUAGGUAUGGUAGUCACUCUCACGGGUCUUGGUUUAUACUUCGAAAUCUACAUACCGCCGCAUGGAGAUAAAGCGUCUUCAGUCGCGCUGGGGUCUAUAAGUCAUUCUGUAGCAGCAUCCAAGAUCAGCUGGCUGUCCAUUUUGUGUAUAAUUGUAUUCUUCCUCUGUUUUUCCUUGGCUUGGGGUCCAGUUCCAUGGCUCGUCACCUCCGAAAUCUUCCCCCUUCGAGCACGUGGUCCCGCCUGCAGCGUAGCAGCCAUAGCCAACUGGCUCUUUGCUUUUAUUGUAACUUACUUCUUCGAAAACAUGCAGGAAUCUCUCACAAUUCAAGGAACUUACUGGUUUUUCGGCGGAUGCUCGUUUCUGGCGUUUCUUUUUGUUUAUCUUCUUAUGCCGGAAACAAAAGGGAAGUCGUUGGAGGAGAUAGAAGCUUUGUUUGGCAUAGACAAGAGUUCCUACGACGUGAUUGAUUAG